CGGCCUCGCAUGAGUAUCAAGCUAUGACCUCUUUGACGAAGAUUCAAGUGUACCCACGAAUCUUGGAGCAUCGUCUCUUCAUCAGAGAUCCGAUACGGGUCGUGUGUAGGUUAAAUUCUAGAGAACGUAGCAAUAGGGUUUGUGUGCAUCGCUGUGAGACUGAUUCUGGUGAGAAGAAAGUUGAAAGAAGGAGAAAAGUUGUGAAAUCUAAUGGGUUGUGGAGUUCUUUGAAAUCUGGGGUUUUAGGUUUUAGUAAAUUAGGGUUCUUAUCUAAAGAUGAGUACAAUCACAAAGUUGAGAAGCUGGAGAUGGUCUUCUCUAAGAUUGCUGUUCAGAUUGCGAGAUAUAUUGUGACUAUGACAAGUACUGGAGCUAUUCUCUUGAUUGGGUUUCAAUUAUCAGGUGGGGAUGGUUCGAUGAACUCAUUGAUUUGGUAUAGUUGGCUUGGAGAUAUUAUCAUUGGAACUAUGAUUGGGUCUAAUAUGGUUUUGGAAGAUCAUUACAGAGCUGAUCCGCGUAAUGUUGUUAUUACUGGAAGUACGAGAGGACUAGGGAAAGCUCUUGCUAGAGAGUUUCUUCUCUCUGGAGACAUUGUCACAUCUCGCAGUUCUGAAUCUGUUGAUGUGACUGUUAAAGAGCUUGAGCAAAAUCUUAAAGAGAUUAUGAAUAGUGCGAGUGAGUCUGCUAGAAAGAAAUUGAGUGAUGCUAAGGUAGUUGGUAUUGCUUGUGAUGUUUGCAAAUCCGAGGACGUUGAGAAGCUGUCGAAUUUUGCUGUAAAAGAGCUUGGUUCCAUCAACAUAUAGGAGAGGCCGAUGGUUCGAUGACCAAGGACGGGCGUUAUAUGCAGCGGAAGCAGACAGACUAAGGAACUGGGCAGAGAACAGAACAAGGUUGUCAUUAACAGACGCCAUGGAGAUGUACACAGAGAACACUUGGGUCUCUGUUUUCUCUCUUUCGGUUGUUUGUGCUUUCAUCAUCCUUCAAAGCACCACACCUAGCUCCUUUCCAGGCACAUGACAACAUCAUUGUUUGGAUGUGUUUAUAAAAGAUUUAAACGUACAUGUUAUUUGUAUAAAGAAGCUAUAUGUAUAACAGAACCAAUCUGUUCAAUCUAUCAUACUGUCUCUGGUUACAAACCUAAAUACGUCAUUAUAGCUGUAGAAUGUUUUGCUGUUGACAGUAUGAAAGAAUCGAUUGUAUUUAAGUUUACACUAUCAAUAUAACUUUCCAAAAGAA